CGUCUUCAACCAACGACGACGACGUCAAUGAACGUAACUGUCAUCGGUGCCAGGUUAGCCCGCACAGUCCGGCAACCAUCAACAACAGAGAUUACUUAACUCGUGAUUUUGCGGUGCUGAUUUUUUGCGAAUAAUUUCCUUCCAUUCACAAUGCGCACCACUUCCACUCUCAUGAGGGUCCGGUUGCCUCAGCUGGAAAAGAGGGUUCCCUUCCAGGAAAUCCUACCCCUGCGGUUGAAGAACCAGGUCAGUGGUAAAACGGACAAAGGCAGCGACGUCGCGUGCCUACAGGAAAUGGCCGUCAUGUUCUCCUGUCUGAAGGCGAACGACUUCAACGAGGAUCUCUGCCCGAAGGAGGUUUCCACCUUCAAACGGUGCUACAAGGUGUACCUGGACAAGAAGGCCACCAAGAAGGAAACCUCCAGCAAAGGCAUCGUGGUGCCGGGCAAAGACCUGAAUUACAAACAACUGAACAAGGUCCUGAAGCAGUUCCCCACCCAACCGAAAAAGUCCUAAGAGGUCCGUGAGUAUAUUUGUUGAUUAAUUUAAUAAAAAUCUGCACUACGAA